AUGACUAGGUCAUCUUUCGAGAAACCCAGUGCGGAGGUUAGCGAGGUCGAGGAGCACGUGUUCUUCGACAAGAAAGAGCUACGGGAGUCGGGGGAAAUUGUAUUGCCGGAUCUUAGCCCUUCCAAUUAUUUGAUCUCAUUUUUGCCCAGCGAUUUAGCAGAGAUGAUGCUGCCAUUCUCUUCAGCAAAUGUUUCUCAAAUUCUCAAUUUGUUAAAUAUCCGGAGCGAGUCGAAUUUGUCGCGCAACAUGGUGGGCACGAUGGAAGAAGGAGAAGUGAAGAGGUGCAGCACUUCCAUUGAGGGCAUGGUGGAAUUCGUGGUGUCUGUUUUGGGAUCCAACAUGGACCUUCUCAGUGACCCGUCCGUUGUUGAAUCCGGUGAGCAGGCGAAUAAGAGGGAGAAUAUCAUCGGGGGUAAAUCGCCCGUAACGUGUCAUAACUUUGCGUUUCCUUACGGAGUGAGUUACUGUCAUUCUAUCAAGGGAAGUGAGGUAUAUGAUCUACAGUUGGAGGUUGAGCACGAUAAGGAAAAGGUUACAAGGAAUGCUACGGCUCUCUGCCAUUAUACCUCAAGAAAGCAUGCAACAGUGAAAUUAUCAGCACAUCAAUUUCAUGCAUAA